UUCCGAUGAUGCAGCUCAAAGCAUCCCCGCCAAAAUUUCUAGAGCUGCGUUCCACCACCUCACACCUUACUUCGUCCACCCACGAGCCCACGCAACACAAUUGAAGCCGAAAAACUCUUUUAGUACAGGCCAAUUGAUUUACCAAUUCUCAGAAACCCCGCAAAAGACCGCCACCAUGCCGGUGACCAUCCGCGCGCCCAAUCUUCCCACCCCCCAAGAUGCCCUCCAACGCGCCGAUGCCUCCGACGAGGACAUGUCCGACGACGACCUCCCCACCGCCGCCUCCGGUACUUCGAUAGUGACUCCCGGCGAAACCAUAACCUCAGACCCUCAAUGGAUGCGCGGCCACGGCACCUACGUACCCCCUUCCACCACCACCAUCGUAUCCACCGUCGCGGGCCACCUACACAAAACGAACAAACUCCUCUCCGUCCAAGCCCUGCGCGCAAGAUACUCCCCCGAGAUAGGCGAUCUAGUAGUUGGUAGAAUCGUCAGUGUGGGAACAAAGAAAUGGAGCGUCGACAUCGCCGCGCCCAUGCUCGCCAGUCUCCCGCUCAGCGCCAUCAACCUCCCCGGCGGUAUCCUCCGCCGCCGCACCGCCGUCGACGAACUUAACAUCCGCACAUUCUUCAGCGAGGGCGAUUUGCUCGUUGCAGAGGUGCAGAGUUUACACCAGGAUAACACGGCGUCGCUGCACACGCGCUCGCUCAAGUACGGAAAACUCCGCAAUGGGCUGUUCACGAGCUUGUCGGGCGCAGGUGGCGGUGUGCUGUCGCGGCGCGGCGGCGUGGUGCGGAGUAAACGGCAAACCUUCACUCUCAACACCGCCGCGGGCGAGGUCGAUGUUGUGUUGGGUGUGAAUGGGUAUAUCUUUAUCUCUGCACACGCGGCGAAGACUGGCUCGGGAACUGCGGAUGGGAAGGAUGUGGGCAUUACGAGGUUGGAGGAGGCAGUUAGUGAAACGCUGUAUUCGAGCCAGAACGACGACAUGACGCCAGCGAUCAUGGGGGAAAUCACGCGUGUGAGCACGCUGAUUAGAGGGCUGGCAGCCGCAGGGCGACGGGUGGACGAGGACGUCAUCGUCAAAGUCUAUGAGGGUGCUGUCGAGUUGGAGGCCGAGGAGAAGAGUCUGGGGAUCAAGGGUGGGGAGAAGGGCGUUGGUGCUGUUGGCGUGGUGGAGGCUGUUUUGGAAAGACUGGAAUUGGGCGGGUGA